AUGGGCGCGCCGAAUGUGAGACCACCGCAGCAACAAUCAUACCUCUACCUCAUCUCGCAGAAUGACGAGAUUUACGAAAAUGACAUCCUCCGAUCUCCUGGCAACGUCAAAGCCUGGCUGGACUACGCCCACUUCAAGCGACAAUAUGGCACUCUCCUGGAGCAGAGCUUUGUGCUGGAACGAGCCUGCAUUGCAUUGCCGAGAUCUUACAAACUGUGGAAAAUGUACCUGGAGCUGAGGACAAAACACCUCAAGGGCAGAAGUCCUGUGCGGUGGAAGAAAGAGUUUCAGAAGGUGAAUGCGCUGUUCGAAAGGGCGCUGGUGCUGCUGAACAAGAUGCCCAAGAUCUGGGAGAUGUACUUGGAGUUUCUGUGUACACAACCGUUGGUCACGUUCACACGGAGGACUUUUGAUCGCGCGCUAAGAGCGCUUCCCGUGACACAGCACAGUCGGGUCUGGAAGCUGUACAGGCCUUUUGCAACAAGCGCAGGUGGGGAGACGACCGUGCGGGUGUGGAAAAGGUAUAUCCAGCUGCAUCCGGAAUAUGUGGAAGAAUACAUUGAUCUGUUGGUGAGGGAAGGGCGAUUCACAGAGGCUGUACAACAGUAUAUUCAAAUCCUGAACAACUCACGUUUCAAGAGUCGGGAAGCAAAGGGACCAUUUCAGCAUUGGACCGAGAUGCUGGAGAUCUUGAUUGAUCAUGCGAGGCGAGUGCCAAAUCCAGUACCGCUGCUCGAUGGGAGCGCUCUGGAUAUAGAGAGUAUCGUGCGAUCUGGACUGGAACGGUUCCCGGACCAGCGAGGUAUUCUAUGGGUUGGACUGGCGCGAUAUUACAUCAACUUGGGGGCCUACGAACGCGCGCGAGACGUGUUCGAGGAUGGCAUCACAACAGCCAUGACUGUGCGAGACUUCUCGGUGGUUUUUGACACCUAUGCUGAGGCCGAGGAGGCACUCAUCUCUAUCAAAAUGGACGACUCCGCAGCUCGACAGGAGAAGGGUAAAGUAGAUGAGGAUGCGGAUUUGGACCUCGACAUUCGCAUGAUGCGGUUUGAACAACUCAUGGAUCGUCGGCCGUUCCUCGUCAACGACGUUUUGCUACGACAGAAUCCACACAAUGUCAACGAAUGGCAAAAGAGGGUGGCAUUAUGGGGUGAUAACAAACCAAUGGUGGUGCAAGCAUAUGCAGACGCGAUUGCAGCUAUCAAUCCAAAGAAAGCCGUUGGCCGCUUUCACGAGCUAUGGGCAAACUAUGCCAAGUUCUACGAAGCUGGAGGGGAUCUUACCAAUGCCCGUAUCAUCAUGGAGAAAGCGGUCAAGGUGCCUUACAAGUCCGUAUCUGAGCUUGCGGAGUGUUGGACGGAGUGGGCAGAGAUGGAGCUACGAAACGAGAAUUUCGACCAGGCUGUCAACAUCAUGGCGACAGCCACGAAAGCGCCGAAGCGCAGUACCGUCGACUACUUUGACGAGAAUCUCACUCCUCAGCAGAGAGUACACAAGAGUUGGAAGCUCUGGUCUUUCUACGUUGACCUCGUGGAGUCAGUAUCAUCCCUCGAAGAAACCAGGAAAAUUUACGACCGCAUCUUCGAGCUCCGCAUAGCGACGCCACAAACCGUUGUCAACUACGCCAACCUCUUGGAAGAGAACGAUUACCAUGAAGAAAGCUUCAAAAUCUACGAACGAGGCCUUGACCUUUUUUCAUACCCUGUUGCUUUCGAACUUUGGAAUCUCUACCUGACCAAGGCAGUCGACCGCCGCAUAUCCAUCGAACGGCUACGUGAUCUCUUUGAACAAGCCGUCGAAGGCUGUCCUCCACGAUUUGCCAAGACACUCUACCUCAUGUAUGGUGCUCUAGAAGAAGAACGGGGUCUUGCACGCCACGCUAUGCGCAUCUAUGAGAGAGCUACACGAGCUGUUGCAGACGAGGACAGAAGUGAGAUGUUCAACUUCUACAUCACCAAAUCCGCAUCGAACUUUGGUCUCACCUCCACUCGCGCCAUCUACGAAAGAGCGAUUGCUGCACUGCCCGACAAGGAAGCAGCAGGUAUGUGCAUCAAAUUCGCAGAAAUGGAACGUCGUCUGGGAGAGAUUGACCGUGCGAGAGCUAUCUAUGGCCAUGCAUCUCAAUUCUGCGACCCUCGCGUGGAGCAAGACUUUUGGCGCAAAUGGGAAGCAUUUGAAGUCCAACACGGAAACGAGGACACGUUCAAGGAAAUGCUGCGAAUCAAGAGAAGUGUGCAAGCACAGUUCAAUACGGAUGUCAAUUUCAUUGCCUCUCAGGCCGUGGCUCGUCAAGCUGCCGCUGCUGCUGCCGCUGGAUCCCAUGCCAGUGGGGCUACAGGCGGAGAAGAAGACAUGGACGAGGAUACCGCUGAUGCCAUGGCCCAGCUCGAACGACAGGCACGUGCUCCUGUUGGUUUCGUCGCUGCGAGUUCUGGCCCUGAAGGCGGGAAUCGAAAGCAAGUUGAGGAACCGCACCGGGAGACUGUCAAUACGGAUGCGGUAGACCUGGACGAGGAUCUAUAGAUAGGAUGCUCUAGGAUUGUCCCCGAAUUACACUUUCU